CUUCAGUUCUCUAGCAACUUUCGCACGACAAGCUUCGAUUAUUUUUACCAGUGAGGUGUUUGUCUACGUCAUUAGCUACACAAAAAAUAGAAAAAUAAAGUAGCAAAUAAAAUAAUUGUUUGCCGCUUUGUUGUUUAAUUGAAAGUAAUUUCUUGUGGGCAGUAAUACGACGGCUCCUGCCGCCACCAAGCCCCUCAAUCUCAAGUAAAUACAUAAAUAAUUUGUGUAUGCACUCUGUGUGCGUGUGCGUGUGUGUGCCUUUGUGAAAAACUAGAUAUACGAAAGAACGCAGAUCACUUGUGAAGUGCGAAAAAAGAAUAACGAAGCAGUAAAGAAACGUGUAGAAAAGAUAAAGCAAAGCGAGAUUAUUCGCCUUUACUUGAGCAGAGUGGAUUAUUAUUAUUAUUUUUUUUAAUUCAACAACCAUAUUUUUACAUUGUGGUGCAAUUUUUUUUUAAUACAAUACAAAUACGAAGCUAAUUAACAUUGCUAAGCGUACAUCCAUACAUUUAAUUGGCAUAUCUGGUGGCAACAAACAAUUGCACCAGGCAAACACUUUCCUCAGCUUUAAAACUUUCACUUCAACACUUGAAUUGCUUGCUGCGCCUAAUUGAAAAUGGCACCCCAACUGUAUUGCCAGCACAAAACUUUGAUCCAGUCAAGGAUGCUCAUGAUUUGCGCAAGGCAAUGAAAGGUUUUGGCACAGAUGAAGAUGCCUUGAUAAACAUAAUUUGUCGUCGUUCCAACGAGCAGCGUCAGGAGAUUCAACGUCAAUACAAAACACACUUUGGCAAGGAUCUCAUCGAAGAUGUUAAAUCUGAAACCAGUGGAAAUUUCGAAAAAUUGCUUGUCGGACUCCUACGUCCAAUUGUUGACUUUUAUUGCGCCGAGAUGAACGAUGCGAUGGCAGGAAUCGGCACAGAUGAGGAAGUGCUCAUCGAAAUACUAUGCACAUUGUCGAAUGUAGAAAUACACACUAUUAAGAAUCAGUACUUGCGCUUGUAUGGCGCCCACUUGGAAUCCGAAUUGAAAUCGGAGACUUCUGGCAACUUUAAGCGUCUCUUAGUCUCACUAUGCGCAGCAGCACGGGAUGAGAGCGGCCAAAUAGAUCCAGUUGCAGCGCAGGCCGAUGCACGUGAGCUGCUCAAGGCAGGCGAAUUGCGUGUAGGCACCGACGAAAGCAUGUUCAAUAUGAUAUUGUGCCAACGUAACUAUCAACAGCUGAAACUGAUAUUCCAAGAAUACGAAAAAAUGACCGGUCACACACUGGAAAAAGCCAUACGCAAAGAAUUCUCUGGUGACAUAAUGGAGGGACUGGUUGCCAUAUACAAGUGUGUCACCAACAAGACGGAGUACUUUGCUUCGCGUCUGCACAAGAGCAUGGCGGGCAUUGGUACGAAUGAUAAACAAUUGAUACGUGUCGUGAUCACGCGCUCGGAGAUUGAUAUGGCUGAUAUUAAGGCACAAUACGAGCGCAUGUACGGAAAGAGUCUGAAGAGCUGGAUUAAGGGCGACACAUCUGGCCAUUAUAAGCACGCUUUAUAUGCACUCGUUGGCGAACAACGCUCUUCCUAAAUUUUACAUUCAGCGCUUAAUAUUUAUGUACACAAAAAUUAUUAUAAA